ACGGCUGUUGAUUUUGUUCUGUCGGCGAAAUUAUUUCUAUUGUAUCCCUUUUGUUUAUUGAGCCUGACAAGUUUUUACUUUGUCAAAUAAACCAUGUCUGCCACCCAGUUACUCAAUCCAAAGGCGGAGUCCAGAGUAAGAGAGUACUUGUUACCCCUCCGCAAAACAUGCACUGACAGGAAUACAGCGGAGAGCGGAGGCUCUCAAGGUCAACAUCAGCGCUGGUGAAGGUCUUCAGGAUGUCUUGAAGUCAAAUCUUGGGCCGGCCGGCACGAUUAAGAUGCUCGUUGACGGUGCUGGAGGGAUCAAGCUCACAAAAGAUGGAAAUGUGUUAUUGAGAGAAAUGCAAAUUCAAAAUCCUACAGCCGUCAUGAUUGCACGGGCAGCAACUGCACAAGAUGAUAUUACAGGUGAUGGAACAACGUCGGUCGUCCUUUUGGUCGGAGAGCUCCUCAAGCAAGCGGACAGACAGAUCUCCGAGGGUCUACAUCCGCGAGUUCUUACGGAUGGAUUUGAGCUUGCCAAGAACGAGACUUUGAAAUUUUUGGACAGCUUCAAGAUUGAGCGUGAGAUUGACCGUGAGCUCCUCCUGUCUGUCGCUCGAACAUCCCUAUCCACCAAGUUGAACAGCGCUCUUGCCGAGAGUCUCACCCCUGCGAUUGUCGACGCUGUUCUCGCUAUUUACAAGGCUCCAGCCAAACCAGACCUUCAUAUGAUUGAAAUCAUGAAGAUGCAACACCGAACAGCAUCUGAUACUCAAUUAAUUCGAGGCUUGGCUUUGGAUCACGGUGCCCGUCACCCAGACAUGCCCAAGAGAGUGGAGAACGCUUUCAUCCUCACCCUCAACGUCAGUUUGGAAUAUGAGAAGUCAGAGAUUAACUCCGGAUUCUACUAUUCGAGUGCGGAGCAGAGAGAUAAGUUGGUGGAGAGUGAACGUCGGUUUGUUGAUGCUAAACUUCAGAAGAUUGUGGAGUUGAAAAAACAAGUAUGCGGUAACGACCCUAAGAAGGGGUUUGUCAUCAUCAACCAGAAGGGAAUUGAUCCUCUCAGUUUGGAUGUGCUUGUGAAGAACGGAAUAAUGGCACUCAGACGCGCUAAGCGACGUAACAUGGAGCGUCUUCAGCUUGUCUGCGGCGGUGUUGCUCAGAACAGCGUGGAUGACCUUACGCCAGAUGUUCUUGGUUGGGCUGGCCUAGUCUAUGAGCACCAACUCGGAGAGGAGAAGUACACAUUCAUUGAGGAUGUUAAGGAUCCUAAGUCCGUAACUCUUCUCAUCAAGGGACCCAACCAGCACACCAUUGCUCAGAUCACAGAUGCAGUCCGAGACGGUUUACGAUCAGUCUACAACACAAUAGUUGACAAGAGCGUGGUACCAGGAGCUGGCUCUUUCCAGGUUGCAGCUGCUGCCCAUUUACUAUCAGAAGAGUUCAGCAAGACUGUUAAAGGAAAGGCCCAAUAUGGUAUCAGAGCUUUUGCAGAUGCUUUACUUAUCAUUCCCAAGACGCUUGCUGCCAACUCCGGCCACGAUAUUCAGGACUCUCUCGCCAAGCUUAUCGACGAACAACGUCAGGGACACGUUGUCGGAUUGAAUCUCUUGAGUGGAGAGGCCAUGGAUCCUGUUCAAGAAGGCGUAUUCGACUCUUAUCGUGUGCUACGUAACUGCAUUGCUUCCAGCACAGGAAUUGCUUCCAACCUAUUGUUAUGUGACGAGUUGUUGAAAGCGAGGCAAAUGGGCAGGUCAGGUGGACCUGGGCCUGGCAUGGACGAGUAAUACUUCAACUAAGGGUAUACUUUGUUGAUAAAGAAGAGGUCCAUGUACCAGUAGUCCAGUACCUUUGGGACUGUUUGAAAUAAAAGUCGGAAUAUAAACUAAUCUUUUAAUUCAUGGAAAUACGUUAUUCCUUCAACUUUGAAAAGUGCGAACUUCUACUGCAUGUAAGUUAGGUGUCAAGCUGAAUUUUUCUGACGAGGUUUGUCUCUUUCGACUGCAAUUCAGUCCAGAAGAAUUGGCGACGCUAUAAACAGAUAAAUUCACGAUAACUAGUGGGUAUCUAAAACUUUCUCCCCUCUACAUAGUCCUGAACGCCGCUGUAUGCAAAUCGCCAAUGGUAAACAAAUACUGCUGCCUAUCAUGAAACUUGACGGAUUGCCCACCACCAACAAACCGGAUGUAACUCUCAAUGGUCUUCUUGCAUUUGGAGUUUCUCAGGAGCCCAUUCACCAAUGAAUCCAUACUCUCUCACCGGGUCUCGGAGGGCGGCAUUAUGGAUCUUUGUCCACUCUAGGACAUUCGAUUUGCGGAUGAUGACUGCCUCACCAUCUGAAGUAGUAGUUUGAGCACGUUUACUCGUAGUUCUUGUCGUAUGUUGCUUCUCUGGUUCCACCACACCCAUCCCUUUCAAUGCCGUAAUCACGUCUUCCGGUAACAUUCCAGUUGCCUGGCCGAUUUCUCGCACCGUCAUCCGUUCCCUAGGAGGGAAAUUUUUUCCCGACGUAGUUGUUUUCAUGGUUACCUGUUUCUGCUGAGCCUGUUGGACGUACUCAUCUGCAUCUCCGCCGGGAGGGCCAAGUAAGAAGUACCGUGCCAUGCGCUCUUCCCAAAACCGUGUAUAACUUCGACGACCUAGUUCACUGAGCGGUCUUUCGGGUCCGCCAAUCAAUCCUCCUUCCCACUCCCAUGCACUUAAUUUGUAGCUCACGCCCAUUAAAAGUUUGCCUAGUUUCUUGUGUUGGUAUGGAGGGAAGAUAAGGAUGCACGCGAGGUUAUUCAAAUCCCAGGACAAUUUCUCCUUAGAGAAGUAUCCAAGCACGUAGUAAUCGUCUGGUGUCUUGGGGUCGGUGAACGUGAGAACGUAAUAUAAGAACGACGAGACAUCAAAAAACACGGAUUUAUGGUCGAGGAAUAAUUUCGCAAAAAGAGACAGAUUCUGUGCAAAUAAUUUAUCGUCCUCGCCGUCAAUUUCCCAGACCGCAUACCCCCCGUGUUCAUAGACUUUCUCGCCCGGAGGCGUCGUGCGUCGGUCACAUAGCUUCACAUGACUUGCGUAGGCUCCAGCGUCGCAGGUAUAUCGAAAACACCAGCGGC